AAUUGUUUUGCGGAAAAAUCGAAAAUUGAUAUAAAAGUGUCACUUUCAUUUGACAUUUGUGUUUUCGAAGUUCUUUCAGAAAUAGAGUAUAUAUGUUUUAAAUAUAUGUACAUAUUUUAUCUAUUAAAUGCAAUAUGGUCUGCUCGGGCGUUUAAGAAUUGUGUUUAUGUGCCUCAAUAUUUAAUUCUUAGUUUCAAUAUUAAUAUACGAAAUGGGUUUGGUAAUUGAAAUUGGGAUUUACGUUAUAUUGGCCUUAACAAUUCAUAUCUUAAUAUACACUUUAGUGACAAAAAAAAAACCUAAAGAUAUAAAUGGGAAACAUGUUGUGAUAACAGGUGGCUCUAGUGGAAUAGGAUUGCAUAUGGCAAUAGAAUGUGCAAGGAGAGGUGCAUCUGUUACACUCUUAGCACGAAGAACAAAUUUGCUAGAAAAAUCAGUGAAAUUGCUUGAGUUAAAUAAGAAAAAUGAAAAUCAAAAAUUUCAAUACAAAUCUUUAGAUCUAUCAGGCAACUAUGAUGUGGUCGAAAAAUGCUUACAAGACGCCGAAGAGAACUUUGGCGAUAUUGAAAUGUUAAUAAAUUGUGCAGGCUUUGCUGUUUGUGGAGUGUUUGAGGAAGUAAGUAUCGAAGAUGCCAAAAAACUGAUGGAUAUUAACUAUUUUGGCACUUAUCACUGCGUGCGUCAUGUUUUACCAAAAAUGAAGCAAAGGCGUUCAGGAACGAUUGUAAUAACUUCAUCGCAGGCCGCUUUAAUGGGCAUAUAUGGUUAUGGUCCUUACUCUGUUGCAAAAUUUGCCUUGCGGGGCUUAGCUGAGACAAUCGCUAUGGAAACUAAAAACUUUGGAAUUACAGUAACACUUGCAAUGCCCGCAGACACUAAUACGCCUGGAUUUGAAAAUGAAGAAAAGUCUAAACCGAAAGAGACUAAACUAAUAUCCGGAACUGGAGGACUGGCGAACCCUGAAGAUGUAGCAAAAUGCAUUAUUCAGGACAAAAGGAACAUUUUUUUCCAUAUAUGGAAUAGAGAGCUGGAUUUUGACUAUCUUAUGCUGUGGAAUGGCUCCCUGGGGUGGUUUGGGGCUGUAUUUGUUGCAAGCUGUAUUGAUGGGUCCUUUAAGAAUAAUUAGCUUUUUUUUACAUUUGCAUUUUCAAAGAAUUAUCAAAAACUGUGCAAAAGAAAAAACCAACUAAUUUAAUCAAAUCACUGUCUGUCCUAAGUAUUUUUCAAUAGGGAUUUGUUACAUAGUCGUUAAUAUUCCAGUAUAUAUUUAAAUAAUAAUACGUGUACAAACAUAGUAUUAAAAAUCUUAUUUGUAUUUGUAUUUUAAAAAUCACUAAUAAUAAAUAUUCAUUAAAAUGUGUACAAUCAUUUUCAACGAGCUUCUUGAGUUUGUUUUCAACUAAUUUUAAUAACAUAAAGCUUUUCAUGUAAUUCGCACGGUUAAAAUGAAAUAAAAGUAUUUUUUAUUCUUAAUAAAA